AUGAAUGUUUUAUAUUUACAGAUAUAUGCAUAACAAUGUUGUGUGAUUGUAAAGUUUGACGUUGCUGAUGUUACUGAUGUAUAAGUAGUGAAAGUUGUCUCACUAUAAGGAUGGCAAUAGCACGGUCUAGAGGUAUGGAAUUUGACCACAACUGGCCAGAGAGUUCUGAAUGUCUUACUCUCGACUUUGGACCAUUUGAAACAGUACAUAGAUGGAAAUGCAUGCCAGAGUGUGAUGAAUUUGUUGGGGCAAGGAGAAGUAAACAUACAGUGGUUGCAUACAAAGAGGCUGUUUAUGUGUUUGGCGGAGAUAAUGGAAAAAAUAUGUUAAAUGAUUUGCUGAGAUUUGAUGUGAAGGACAAGUCAUGGGGAAGGGCAUUUACAACAGGGUUACCACCAGCACCAAGAUACCACCAUUCUGCUGUAGUGCAUGAGGGUAGCAUGUUUGUAUUUGGUGGGUAUACAGGAGAUAUCCACUCCAAUUCUAACCUGACCAAUAAGAAUGACCUAUAUGAGUAUAAGUUUGCUACAGGGCAGUGGGUACAGUGGAAAUUUGAGGGAAGACGUCCGGUUGCUAGGGCGGCUCAUGGAGCUGCUGUGUAUAACAACAAAUUAUGGAUAUUUGCGGGUUACGAUGGUAAUGCCAGAUUAAAUGACAUGUGGACUAUUCCCCUGACAGGAUCUGCUGAAGUUAGGACCUGGGAGGAGGUUGAUCAGACUGGAGAUAUUCCGCCAACCUGCUGUAACUUCGCUCUGGCAGUAGCUCGUGAUGCAAUGUUUGUGUUCUCUGGACAAAGUGGUGCCAAAAUAACCAAUAAUCUCUUCCAAUUUAAUUUCAAAGAAAACCUAUGGACAAGAAUCUCAACCGAGCAUAUAUUACGGGGUUCCCCACCUCCACCAGAAAAACGGUAUGGUCACACCAUGGUGGCAUUUGAUAGACAUCUGUAUGUGUUUGGUGGAGCCACAGGUCAAACCUUACCUAAUGAUCUGCAUUGUUUUGACUUAGAUUCUCAAACAUGGUCCAUCAUAGAACCAUCACCAGAAAGCACGAUUCCUGCUGGGAGAUUGUUCCAUGCUGCGGCAGUUGUCACGGAUGCCAUGUAUGUGUUUGGUGGUACUGUGGACAAUAACGUCAGGAGUGGCGAGAUGUAUAGAUUUCAGUUUUCUAGCUACCCAAAAUGCACGUUGCAUGAUGACUAUGGUAGAUUGUUAGAGAGUCAACAAUUCUGUGAUGUCAUCUUUAUAGUAGGAAAGGACAAAGUUAGAAUACCAGCUCACACUGCUCUAGUCGCAGCUCGGUCUCCAUGGUUACGACAGAAAAUAAGACAAACAAAAACACAGGAACACAAUGACCUGUUAGAUGAAGGUGAAGGUCAGCAAAGAUCAAAGGUCAGUUGUAUAGAGGUCAGUUUAGAAGAUGCUGAACCUCAAGCAUUUCAGCUUGUUCUAGCUUACAUCUAUAGAGACAGAAUUUACCCCCAGCAGAGUGACAAGGAAGACAAACAGCUGAGCAGUAAUGAAGUAACAUUGUUAAUGAUGGAUGUGUACAGGUUAGCACUUCAGUUUCACAUGAGGAGAUUGGAACAGCUGUGUGUGCAGUAUCUGGAAGCUAGUAUAGGUCACAACAAUGUACUUGUGGCAUUACAAAAUGCCGCUAGGCUCAAGCUGGACUUCUUAAAGGAGUAUUGUUUGAAGUUUAUAGUAAAGGACCAUAACUACAGCACUAUAAUCAUGAGUGAAGAGUUCGAGACCCUAGAGCAGACGUUAAUGGUGGAAAUUAUUCGGAGGAAAACUCAGCCUCAUCCUCGCUCCCUGGCAGAGCCUCAUGUUGAUCAGGCAUUCACUAAUUCUCUAGAGAAAGAUAUGGAGAAUUUUCUGAAGACAAGCGGACAUGAGUUCUGUGACAUUACCCUGUUGUUAGACAAUGUUCCAGUGCCCGCCCACAAGGCGAUCCUAGCUGCUAGAUGUACAUACUUUGAAUCCAUGUUCAGGUCUUUCAUGCCAGAAAAUAAUACUGUCACAAUAGCAAUAGGAGAAAUGGUGCCUUCAAGACAAGCAUUUGACAGCCUUAUGAGAUAUAUAUACUAUGGUGAGGUUUCCAUGCCACCUGAAGAUUCGCUCUAUCUCUUUCCUGCUCCUUAUUUUUAUGGCUUUACAAACAAUAGAUUACAGGCAUAUUGCAAGCACAAUCUGGAGAUGAACGUGACAUGUCAGAACGUGGUACAGAUCCUCGAGGCUGCUGACAGAAUACAAGCCGUAGAUAUGAAGAAACACGCCCUCAGCAUUAUAGUACAUCACUUUCCCAAGGUUGCUAAGUUACCACAGAUUGGCAGACUAAGUCGGGAACUGUUAUUAGAUAUACUGGAGGCUAUAGCCGAUGAUAUGUCAGAGACGAGGAUAUGUCAGGACUUAUCUAGCAGUAGUCUCACAGAUUCCAGCUAUACCUAAACAUCAGUUAUACCCAGAUUUGCCAUAUUUUUUUAAUAACUCAAUAGUAUACAUGAUAUAGGCCAAAACAUGACUUCGCAAUUACUGUGUUAUAUAUGAUAUAAAAAGUUGCUAUGGUUACCCUCACAUAAUGCUAUAUAGUAAAAUAAAACACUAAAGUAUAAUACAAUUAAAUUAUAAUAUUCUUGGGCAAUACAAGGUUUUACAGUUUAACAUUGGGACUAC